AACCCAAACAACAGCCAUGGUGAAAAAGUCGAAAAAAGCCUCUCCUCCGGCACCACACCUAGUCGCGCUUGUCCGACAAUUCCUCAAGGACUCGGGGUUUAAGUCGACAUUAAAGAUUUUCGAGGUGGAGAGUGUAUCUGGUGGAACAAAGCCGGGGGAAUUGAAGAAUGGGGAACCAGACCUAAAGGCUAUUUUUGAGGAAUGGGCCGCAAAAGGGAAGGAGGAGGAGCAGGAGGAGCAGGAGGACAGCGACAGCUCGUCAGAGGCGGAUGAUGAGCAGAGUUCCAGCGAUGAGUCGCCAGACGAUAGUGAAGAUGAAGAUGAUGAUGACGAUAAUAAGGCGAGUGAUAAGGAGAAGAAGAAGGGGAAGGGGGGUGAAGAGGAAGUAUCUUCGUCGUCGGAUACUGUUGUUGGUGAUAAGGAGAAGAACAGCGAAAACAACAGCAGUGAUAGCGAUAGUAGCGGGAGCAGCGACAGCAGCGAUGGUGAAAAGGAAAAAGGUAAAAAGUAUGAACUACACCUAAUUCCUUUUGAUUGAAAUUUCUUAGGAGCAGGAAACUAACAUGGGUAUGAUAUAUAGGAAGCCUCCGCCUUCUAGCCACUCCGACUCCGACUCCGGCUCUGGGGAAUCUGACUCUGGAACUAGUAGUUCAAGCUCGUCAAGCUCCUCUAGCAGCAAUUCUGAAGCAAUAGAAGAGGACAAAGAUUCCAAGCGCUCCACUGAUCCCUCAAGCUCGGAUAGUUCCUCCUCGUCAUCCUCUUCAUCCUCGUCAUCCUCUUCGUCCUCUUCAUCCUCUUCAUCUUCAUCCUCGUCCUCUUCGAGCGAUGAUUCGAAGCAAGCUAAGAAAGUUAAGAAGGCCAAGAAGACCAAAAGAGCCAAAAAGGCCAAAAAGGCCAAAAAGGCCAAAAAUUCUAAUGAUUCGUCCAGCUCGGAUUCAGAUUCAUCCUCGUCCUCCUCUAGUUCAUCUUCAUCUUCAUCUUCGUCUUCGUCUUCGUCUUCGUCUUCGUCUUCAUCCUCAUCUUCGUCCUCAUCUUCACCCUCUUCGUCCUCAAGCUCUGAUUCAAGUUCUGGGUCGGGCUCCGAUAAAGACGAGGGAAGGCAGAAUGGCAAGGGCACGGUCAAAAAGGUGUCAAAAGAGAUAGACAAAAGGACGCCCGUAAAUCCCCCAACCAACAAGCGGAAACGAGAAGGCGACAUGCCCAAUGGGGACGCCAAGAAAAGUAAACGAGAAGCUUCUGGGUCUUUGUAAGUUCCCCUGUCGCUCAUCGCUUCAUCUAUCUAUUAUAUACUUAUGCCCCUCAUAGCCGUGGCUCUAGCACCACCUCCGCCUCUUCAUCUGACAGCAUCCGGAGGGAGAAAAAGGAAUUUAUUCCUAAUAAGUCCUUCUCCCGCAUCGAGCAUGACAAAAUCCUUUAUGCAGAUGAACGUGUCAAGGAUAAUACUUUUGAAGCUCUCCGGCUCCCGGAGAAUCACUAUACCAUGAGGGCGCACCAAGAUCUCAUUAUUACUAAGGGGAAGGGUUUUACAAAGGAGAAAAACAAGGUCUGUACUUCUUAUCCACCUAGCUCUUUCUAUUUUGGCAAAUAUCACAUAAUAGAUAUUAACUUUCCUCGGAUUACAGAAGAAGAGAGGGUCUUAUAGAGGUGGAGCAAUCGACUUUUCAACAAAUUCUUUCAAGUUCAAUGAUUAA